UCACAACAAAAACAGAAAAGCAAUUGUGGCAUUCCCACUGGCGACGAAAACAAAACUGCGUUCCGUGUUUUUCGGGCGUUUUACAUCGUUUUCCUGCCCGCUGGUCAGAAAAAAGAGUGGCCAGCUUCGAGCUAGCGCUGCUGGAUAAUGUGAUCCCGAACGAGUACGGCACCGGGGCCCUCUAGUUUUGUGUGUUUUGUGUAAUAGACGCUAGCACUGUGUGGGUUUGUGUGCGGAAGAAAACAAUGAAAGGUGGCAUGGGGCAGCAGCAGCAGUAGCAGAAUUAGAAGAAAAAAAGCAGUGCAUGAUUUGCAACCGAGCGUGAAUCUAAACUCGGCUGCGUAAAUAACACAUCGGCAUUGGGAACCACUAGACGAAGCACGCGUAAACGUUCGGACGCCCGGACGCAUACAGGCGUAACCAAUAGAUUUGGUUCGGUUUCGGAAGAGUAGAACGCAGUAAGCGGUACCAUCACCAACCCCGACCUCUCCGUCACGACACGUUCGAGUGGUUUUUGUGUUGUGGUGGAUGCUGAAAAGAAUCGUUUUUGGUGGAUAUUCAAUUUGCGUUGUGCUUUGCGUGGUCCCUAGUCGACCGGAAGUGCUUUAGCAGGUCAAGGACGCAGCUCGGUUGAUCCGGUGCGGCGAACAACAGAUCCCCGUUGUUGGGCACGCAGCGAAACAGCUACCAACAGCUUCCCGCUUGGGACUGGCAGACGAAUGCAGCAUGACGGUGGUCUAUCCACGUAAAAUGUUGGCCCGAUUUCAUCCGUACCACGGUCAGAACAUUAUUCUGUUUAACGAGAACACGGUUGCGUACCGGAAGGCCAGUUUCGGCAAUGCGCUUACCUUCAGCGAGAACCCGUUGCAGCCGGGUGAAAUCUUUCUGCUAGAGAUUGAGAAGAACGAGCGGGGCUGGAGCGGCCAUAUGCGGUUGGGUCUCACUCAGCUUGAUAUCAAACCAGCCUCCGCACUACAGUACGCCCUGCCCGAUCUGGCCAACCUGGGGCACAGUUGGGUCUUUCCCAUCACACGUUCGGUCGGCAACUCGAUGCUGAAAAGCAACAUCCUCGGCAAUGGGAUCAACGUGAAAACGUCCCGUGGCGUGUUUCCGCGCAGUCUGCUCAAACCGAUCGCCCAGGACGGUGGUGCCAGCACGGACAUACUGCCGACGGACACCAACUCUCGCAUCGGCGUCAUCUUUGUGCCGAGCGAACACGAGGCGGACAAGGCGGAGAUGCACUUCAUCAUCAAUGGGGAGGAUCAGGGCCCGUGCACACACGACAUCCCGUACAAGCAGGGGGCCCUGCACGUGGUGAUCGAUGUGUACGGCACGACGAAGCAGGUGAAGAUCAUCCAGCUGUACGGUAUCUCGACGCUGCAGGGCGCCUGCCGGGAUGCGAUACUGGCGCGGGUGAAGAAAUCGGCCAUUCCCGAGCUGCCGCUGCCGGAAAGUUUGAAAAACUAUCUGCUCCAGUACGGGAUGUAAGUGGUGAGGGGUGUACUAUAUCUUCCCGUCUCUCCCCUAAUACAUUGAAACAGUGAAAUCUCCCAGGGUGAAUGGCUAUAGCGCUGUUUAUUAGUGAGCAGGGUUAAUUUUGUCACAAAACGGGUUCUAAACCUAUACGACCAGUAUCAUGCAAAUGUAUCGGAAUACCUUUUCUCGAGUACGUGCUCGAGUAUGUUUGCAUGGGCUCUUCACAUCUACUUCUUAAGUCAGACUUAAUCAAAGAUCAAACAGCCACAAGCUUAUUAUGAAUGAUUUUUUUUCGAAAUUUUGCUUAUUUUUGGAUUUGACAUGGUGUUAAUGUUAAUCUUACAAAUACAAUUCCACUUGCUGAAUGCGAACUACAUCACAUACUACUAUAAACAGUUCUACUCUCACAACUAUUUUAUAGAAUGUAUUAAUUUGAAAUCAGAACCAAUUCAAAUUUGAAGGAAUAAUCGCUCCCGAGCUAUUUGCUAGUGGGUAAUCAGGUCCUGCAAGACGUUGUAUCCCUUGUCGAAUCAUCCAGAGCAAAACAUGUAUGAAACGAUUCUAUAAAAGAAACUUAUGGAAGGGACACAUGGGUUGAACAAGUUGUGAAUAAGGAUGCUUACAGGGGCGGGGUAAGGAAUAAUUUCUACCGUACUACUACUACAAGGACGUUUUGUCGAUCAAUGUGAAUAGUUAAUCAAAACCCGAAUACCCCGGAACCCCCCCGGGGUCAAGCAAAUCCAAAUUGUCCUGCACGACGCUCAGUAUAUGAUUGUCCCAAAAUUUGUGAUUUUGUGUGUGUGUUGGAAAGUUUGUGUUUCUUUUUAAAGCAUAGUGUACGAAGGUGAACGACAAGAAUGAAUAAAUAUAGAAUAUCCUACAAUAUUGGUGAAAUAUAUA